UAUAUUGUCAGUUACUUCCGCGAAUUGGAUUGGGGGUUGUUGUUCGUUUGUACGUCGUGUUCUGUUGACUGUCUGCGGGGAAAGUAAUGAACGACUCAUAUUGUCCGCGUUGCAAUCGGUCGUCACUGGCCCCAACCAACCGUCUUAUAACCGAGAAAUGUGGUCAUGUCAAGUGUCGCGAGUGUUUUAUUAACGAUUUCAAUGGUUGCCACGAGUGUUCACGGCAAUUGGUCCAGCCAAUAGCUGACGGGGAACCAUCAUUAAGUUCAAGGGUUGCCCCAGACGUUCCCAAUUGUGAAAGUCUUAUAGAUUUUGAAAGUGAUUCAGGUGAACUGUGCAUCGACACUGAAGUCGAUGACUCGACAACAUUCGAAGGACCACCUGCCCCUAGUGUGCCCGCCGAACUCGAUUCCAUUCCAUCCGAUACCAACGAUAAUGUCAAUGUUAUCCACAACUACAGCACGCAGGAAAAUCAAGAGCAAGCAAAUGAAUCCGAGGAUAGUCUGAAAAUCCUGGAGGAGUAUAUUAUCGCGCCCAAAUCGAAAAUUGAGAAAUUCUUCCGUGCGACGAAAUCAACGCCUGCCCCGACUACUUGCCAGACAGAACGGAAGAAAGCGCUUCCCGAGCAUGUUUCAAGAAUAGUAGAAAAUGGUGAAACACAAUACAAGUGCAAUGUGUGCGGCAAAAAAUUCCGAAGUCGGAACCAGCAGUAUUAUCAUGCGUAUUGCGGUAAUGACGAGGGCAAGCCGUACAGAUGUAAAGUCUGCUUCAAGAAUUUCUCAACAUCAUCACAUCUUAAUUAUCAUCUGAAGACACACAGCGAUACCACCAAAUAUCCGUGCAAUCUAUGCCCGAAAACCUUUAUGCGAAGCAUUAGCUUGAAGAGCCACAAGCGAACACACGAUGGAUUGUUUAGAUUUAAAUGCAAAGAAUGUGGGCUGGGCUUCAACGAAAGAAAGUCAUUCACAGCACAUAUAAAUAAACAUCGAAAUAUUCUACCCUUCGCAUGUAAGAUUUGUGGGAAGAAAUUCUCAUUCAAGUCGAAUUUGACACAGCAUCAGAAAAUACACACAGGGCUGGGAAAACGUUUCCGAUGCAACGACUGCGGUAAAGAGUUUCUAAGGAAGAAUUCCUACAAAGAGCAUUUGGUGCGGCACAGCAAAGUGAAAACGUUUCAAUGUAAAUUAUGUCAGACGUUUUUCAUCGAUCGGAAAACGCUCGAGAGGCAUAUGAACACACAUGGUUCUAAAGUAUACAAAUGUCCUUGUUGUGAUGUUAAAUGUGGGCGAAAAGACAAUUUGGUGCGACAUAUUAGAAAUAUGCAUCCAAAUGAAAAUUUGCCUGACAUUCUGAAAAAUGUUAAAACGGUGAUAGUAUCGAAUAAGAACAACACAAAAUCUACUGACAAUGACUCGGAGAUAACAAGCUCAGCGAAUAGUUUGAAUCCUUCAACAGAUGAGAACAAUGACAACCAGAAUGACGCCAAUCAACAAAAUGAUAAUCAACAACCAAUCGUGGUUAGCACAUCCGUGAUACGUUCCAUAGGCAAUGUAAAACCUGUUCUUAUACCAAAUGGCUGUGAUGUGGACUCUACCUUGACCAGAACAGAAGCAAUUGAAUCAGAUUCAGCCCCAAGUAAUACAAACAGCAACAGUGAUAACAAUGAAAGUGAGCAGACAGUUGCACCUGCGAAAGAUACAAAGAAACCAAAGAAAAAGUACGACCCUUGCGAAAUAUACCGAAAAAUCUUAUUCUCCGACAAUGACUACGAUGAUUCGGUAUUGGAAUCAGAGGAAUUAUGUUCGGAUUCAAAAGAUGACCACAUCGGCUGUUGCGAUUUGAACACAGUUAUCAAUGAUGUUGGUGUGGAUAGUAUUGGUCCAAACAGCGUUAAUAUCACGAGAGUUGAUAAUGUCACCGCAUCAAAUUUCGCUGAAAUUCACUGGCGAAAGCGAACUUCACAAAGUUUCUACACCGCACUUUAGAUUAUCUUGGCUAUUUUCCGAGAUUAUCAAAAAAAUAUUUUAAUUGAUCCCCAAGGGAGAAUGUAAAAUUAUUUUAGAUAAGAGUGUCAGGCUUAUGAAGCUGUUAAUCUGUAACUGUAAAAAACCAUGUUGCCUGCUAUCUCCACUAAUCGCAUGAUUCAUGGAUUCCGAUCUGGUAUCGCAAUGAAAUUCUAAUCACGCAAUUAUAAUUAUAUUGUUAAUAGCAUUUAUGUUUUGAAUAUUCCCUAAGUGACUCAUAGUACAUGUUUAAAUAGGAUCUCUGUCAAGUACAUAUAACUCGCAAAUUUAAAGGUCAAUUUAAGUGUGAAAUAUUUGUAGAAGUUUAUAAAUACAUAAAAUUUAGAAAAGUUAAA